AUGAGCACUAUAAUGUAUACCUGCAAUGCGUGUAUGAUCCAAUUUAAGUCCAGCGAUCUGCAGCGGUACCAUAUGAAGACAGAAUGGCACAGAUACAACUUGAAACGGAGAAUUGCUGAUUUACCACCGAUCGAUGCAGAUAUAUUCACCCAGAAGAUGCAGAUUUCAGAGCGGGAGAAGCGCUUGCAUGAAGUCGAUGAGUUCGGAUUUCCCGUAUUGAAGCCUGUCGGGCAUUCAGGCGGUCGGCGUCGGAACACAAACGGGGCCAUUUUGAGGGGCAGACGUGAUGGGGAUGGGAAGAAGAAGGCGCCGUUCCGUUCCGACUCGCCCGCGCUGUCUAUUGCGUCUCAGAUGUCCAAGAUAUCGGUACGAAGCACAGAUUACGACGAACACAGUGCGUCUGAAUAUGCAUUCACUGAUGAAUCGCAGGCAGAGUCUGAAGACAUCACGGACAAAGAGGAUGCAGGCGAGGAUGGUGAAGAGCGGCCAGAUGUGGUAGACUGCGUAUACUGUGGUGUGCAUUGCAACACCGUAGCCGAGAACCUAGACCACAUGUCGGUGGCUCAUGGGCUAUAUGUUCCAGAACGCCGUUACCUUGAAAACGCAGCUGGCUUAAUCAACUUCCUAAUUGAAAGAAUCGUUAUCUCGAAGCGUUGUAUGUGCUGUAACUUCCAUGGAUCUAGCCUUGAAAGCAUUCGCGCACAUGUUGCUUCGAAGUCGCACUGUCGCAUCCCAUAUGAAAGUAAGGAGGAACGCGCGACUAUUGCAGCCUAUUAUAACUUUAACGAAGACCAAGUAGCCGACAAUACUGCAGUCUCUGAUUCGGAGUCUGAUCCUGAUUUGAGCAUCGAGGAUACCGAAGAAGAAGACAUUAAUUCGAACUAUACGAUAGCACAUGUUGACGACACCGGUGUCGAGUUGACUCUUCCAACGGGCACGAGAUUGGGUCAUCGUUCCAUGCGGAGGUUUUACCGCCAGAAUUUGGCUCUCCCGUCUACUCAAGCGGAUGGCACACGCACAUUGGCUGUUGUGGAUAGGAGAUUCGCGGGCGGUAUCUCUGCGAAUGAGUAUGCCAGGAACAUGAAGCACAGUCAGCUGCUUGCUUCAAGGGCACAGAGUAAGAAUAUUAAGCGGCAAGCGAAGAGAGAUAACUUUCAGAAACACUACAGAGAUGAAUUACUCCAGUGA